UGUGGCAUUGGUGCGGGAGCUGAUGAAGUAUCAGAGGCAGCUAUUUGGUCCUGAGUCCGCCAAGGUGCCAACACGGAAGAAGACUGUGUUGUGGGCGAAAGUUGUUGCUGCUGUGAAUAGUGAGGGGGUGGUCAAGCGGACGGAGGACACGUGCCGCAAACGGUACUAUGACAUAAAGCGACGUGUCAAGUCCAAAAUGGCCAAGGAGGCGAAGUCGGCUCGAAAAAACGGUGGUGGGCAGCCCUAUAUUGCAAGAUAUCUGGAGUAUGAGGAGCCCAUGCGGAGUGUAAUACCUCCUGAAGUAGUCUCUGUAACCCAUGUCCGGGAUUCAGAUAGGCCCAGGAAGAAUGGUCCAUCAAAAGAAGUCUGGAGCAGCAGAAGUGGGAGUUCUGUAACACACCACCAAAAAAAACCUGUGGCAGCAAAGAAAGCAAGGUCUGAUGUCCAGGGCCAACCACAGCAGGCUACCCCGCCACGAAGAUUAUCGACAGUAUGUUCGGUCCCCCCACUCCAAAUUUUGGACACACCUCCAAGACGUCAACCACACUCCCCUCAUCUUGAUUCUUCUAGUCCUGGAAACAGCAUCCCUCCGCAACAACAGCAACACAGUGACAUGGAUGAGACAAUCAUCUUAGAAAUGCAGCCAUUAAGCCAAGGAAUCAGCCCCCCAGCACCUGUGAGUACACCACCACAGCAAAGCACACCACCACCACAACACAGCCCAACAACACCAGUAACACAAGGCCCUGAUCAGGUGUUUUGGACCAUUUGGGCUAGACAGCAGGCCACUAAUGAAGAUUGCCUGCGUAGGCAGACACAAAUGUUUGCAAGCCUACCAUGUCACCUCAGAAGAAUAACCAGAAAUAUGAGUAGACAAAAUGAACAAACCACGAGAAUUGGCAAUACCAUGGAACUCAUGCGUACAGACAUUACACAGGUCAUGGCCAACUUACAGCGCAUAAUGGAAGAACAGCACAGACUAAUGGAAGAACAGCACAGACAACAGCAAAGUUAUAUGAACAUUUUUCAAAAUAAUCAAAAGAUAAAUGAAAGUUUAUUCCGAAUUGUAGACAAUCAAAAUGCUGCUACACAUGAACUCAGUGCCACCCUCACUAACCUGAAUGAAACACUCAGAUCCAUGCACCAACAGCAAACAAGCAGCAGUUCUGGUACGACUACUCCAAAUAUCACGCCAGUCUCAUCACCAACAAGACGCUCCACCAGAGCACGACAACAUGACAGUGCUAAAGGCAAAGGGCAGGACAAGCAGGCACCCAAAAAAAAAGAAAAAAAAAAACAAAACAAUUUUUACAUUUCUGAUAAGUAAAUCAAAAUUGUUAGUAAUUGUAUGA